AAAUAUAUCGUUCCAAUACUGGUCUUUCGUCAGCUUCGGACUAUCUUGAUGCAUUUCGUCCACAAUCACAUAGGACACCUGCAAUGAAAUCGAACAACGACCGUGUAUCCGAGGUAGAGAUACCUUGCCCGGAACAAGACGGUUCUAUCAAGUAUGUAGAGAAAUUGAUAAACAGAUUAAAUGGACUUUCAGCCGGAACCGAUAACUCCUCGUUCGUGCUAAAGAUAUCGUGUAGAAUCAAAAAUAUUUAUGUGAUCGGCAGUAUCAAUGCGUCAUCUGUGAGACUGGGUGAUUCGGAAUUUGGUAAAGAUUUUACAACCAAGAAAGUAACCCCAGUUACGACGACCAAGUUACCUGGAUAUAAUUACUCAAAGUUCAAGCCCACUAAAACAUGUAUGCCGGAGUAUUUCGAUAAAUCCAGGAGCACAGAACCGUCUGUAGUUACAUCGAAAGUUCUACGGCCAUCUACGGCUAUCGAACAAGAAACGGAAAGUAAGAUAGGAAACAAUUGUCAUUGUCCUUCUAGAGACAACGUAUGA